UCCUUAAAUUUAGAGAGUAGUCUUCAAUUUACUCUGUUUUUCUAUGGGAUUUGUUUACCAAACAUCCAUUUACGACGAAAUUCUUUCAUCUGGAUCAUUUGGCAAUUAUUCCGAUGAAAUACAAUGGAAAAUCAUCAAGAUAAAAAACCCUUAUCGAUUGAUGUGAAUUUCAGUUGUCAACGAUGUUGUCAGCCAUUACGACUACAUCAAACUUUGAAUAAUAUAACCAAGGAAACGUUUCAAGAUCUAAUUUCAAGAAAUCGAGAUUCAUCAUCAUCCGAAGAUAAAACGACGGGAAUACGAAUCGAUGACGAUAAUCCAUCCGGUUCCAAUGAUGGGCCCAAAUCCGAUUCACAUGUCAUAUAUAAAACAAUACAUUCAUUUCGAAAUAAAAAACUCAACGACUGUGAUUAUAGUUUAAUCAAUCCGGUUACUGAUUCCAAUAAUGGUUCAUUACCAUCCACGCUGGUCACAUCAACAUUGCUUUCCGGUUUUGAUCAAUCAUCAAAUACACAUAGUAAAAGUAGUAAAGAUCUUAAAUUACAAAUUCAAUUGUUCGAUAUAUUAUCUGAUCAAUCGGAUAUUGAUCAUCCAUUAUGUGAAGAAUGUGCUGAUUUUGUUAUCGAACAAAUGGACAAACAGCUGAUGAUAUUAGAACAGGAAUGUAAUGAAUUCAGUGAAUAUAAGAAAAAAAUCGAACAAGAUAUAUCAUCGAUCACCACCGAUGAAGAAGUGAACAAUCUACAAGCUAGAUUGAAAGAAUUAUACCAGACACAAUCAGAUUUGAUUGUCGAAUUGAAAGAUCUCAAUGAGCAACAACAAUCGUUGGAUAAACAAUUGAAGCAGUCAAAAAAUGAAUUGAAACAAUCGGAAAUUGCUACCGAAAGAUAUUUUCAAGAAUAUAAUGCAUUGAAAUUUAAUUAUUUUCAAUGUGAAGAAGAAUAUAGAACAUUGGAGAAUAAAAUUCGUGAUGCCAAGGAAUAUUUUGCCCGACUUAAACGUACCAGUGUUUUCAAUCUGACAUUCUGUAUAUGGCAUACUGGUCCAUUCGGUACGAUAAAUGGAUUUCGUUUAGGGCGUCUGCCCAACAUUCAGGUUGAAUGGCAAGAAAUCAAUGCUGCCUGGGGACAAUGUGCAUUAUUGUUAGUAUCGUUAGCUAAAAAACUUGGAUUCACUUUUCAACGAUAUAAAAUUGUGCCUUACGGAAAUUUCUCGUUCAUCGAAUCAUUGGAUGAUAAAUCGAAACAAUUACCGUUAUAUACAGCCGGUGGUAUUAAAUAUUAUUUUCAUCAAAAAUUCGAUCAAGCAAUGGUCGCCUUUCUUGAUUGUUUACAAGAAUUUUACGAUGAAAUACGACUUCAAGAUCGAAAUUUUAAAUUACCAUAUGAAAUGCAUUCGAAAGGAGAAAUAUAUGAAAAAACCAAUAACGUUCGAUAUUCGAUCAAGAUCUCUAUUAACACUGAAGAAAAUUGGACAAAAGCAUUAAAAUUUAUGCUUACCAAUCUUAAAUGGGCAUUAGCAUGGGUGACGACUAAACAUGAUAAUUAACAACAACAACAACAACAACAAAAUAUUACUGCUGUUAUAAAAACACUCAAAUAAAUUCUGUUUUUAUUAUUAUCAAUCAA